UCAGAGCGGCGGUGGCGGCUGCGGUGCGGCCGGAGGGUGGGAGGGGCGCAGCGGCGGGCGGGCGGGGGCGCGGGGCCGGGUGGGGGGCGCCUCUCGCCCGAGGUUUCUGGGCGCUUUUGGGAGCGUGGAGCCCGGCGCGAGGUGCGAGCGAGCACGGGGGCCAACGAGCGUGGGGUGGGCGGCGGGCGGAGCGCAGCCGCCGGGCGGGCGGAGCGGGCGGGGAGCCUAGGUCUCCGCGGCUCGGGACCCGGCGGCGGGCGGCGAUGUUCCACUGCAUCCCCCUGUGGCGGUGCAACCGUCAUGUGGAGACCAUUGACAAGCGCCACUGCUCGCUGGUCUACGUCCCCGAGGAGAUCUACCGCUACGCCCGCAGCCUGGAGGAGCUGCUGCUGGACGCCAACCAGCUCCGCGAGCUGCCGGAGCAAUUUUUCCAGCUAGUCAAGUUACGAAAGCUUGGACUUAGCGAUAACGAAAUUCAGCGGCUCCCUCCAGAAAUAGCAAACUUCAUGCAGCUGGUGGAACUUGAUGUGUCCCGAAAUGAUAUUCCUGAAAUUCCAGAGAGCAUCUCAUUCUGUAAAGCACUACAGAUCGCUGACUUCAGCGGAAACCCACUGACUAGAUUGCCAGAAAGCUUUCCCGAAUUGCAGAAUUUGACAUGUCUUUCUGUAAAUGACAUCUCACUGCAGUCUCUGCCUGAAAAUAUUGGCAAUCUUUAUAACCUGGCUUCACUGGAACUGAGAGAGAAUCUUCUUACGUAUCUCCCUGACUCUCUAACCCAGCUACGGAGACUAGAAGAACUUGAUUUAGGAAACAAUGAAAUAUAUAAUUUGCCAGAAUCGAUUGGCGCUCUCUUACAUCUAAAGGAUCUCUGGUUGGAUGGAAAUCAACUGUCAGAAUUACCUCAGGAAAUAGGGAAUCUGAAGAACCUGCUCUGCUUAGAUGUCUCUGAAAACAGGUUGGAAAGACUUCCCGAAGAAAUCAGUGGCCUGACUUCGUUAACGGAUUUAGUCAUUUCCCAGAACUUGUUAGAAACACUCCCAGAUGGCAUUGGAAAACUAAAGAAACUGUCAAUCUUGAAGGUGGAUCAGAACAGACUCACCCAGUUGCCCGAGGCGGUUGGGGACUGUGAAAGCCUCACGGAAUUGGUUCUUACGGAAAACCGGCUCUUGACUUUACCUAAGAGCAUUGGAAAACUUAAGAAGUUGAGCAACUUGAAUGCAGACAGAAAUAAAUUAGUGUCUUUACCGAAAGAGAUCGGCGGGUGCAGCAGCCUCACCGUGUUCUGCGUGCGCGACAACAGGCUGACUCGGAUCCCUGCGGAGGUGUCACGGGCCACUGAGCUGCACGUCCUGGACGUGGCAGGGAACAGGCUGUCGCACCUGCCUUUCUCCCUGACCGCUUUGAAGUUGAAGGCUCUGUGGUUAUCAGACAACCAGUCCCAGCCCCUGCUCACGUUCCAGACGGACACUGACCACACCACCGGGGAGAAGAUUCUCACCUGUGUCUUACUUCCUCAGCUGCCUUCUGAACCUGCCUGCCAAGAGAACCUGCCUCGCUGUGGUGCCCUGGAGAGCUUGGUGAACGAUGUGUCCGAUGAGGCCUGGAAUGAGCGUGCAGUGAACAGAGUCAGCGCAAUCCGAUUUCUGGAAGAUGAAAAGGACGAGGACGAUAAUGAAACGAGAACACUCCUGAGACGAGCCACGCCCCACCCAGGGGAGCUCAAGAACAUGAAAAAGACGGUGGAAAAUUUACGGAACGACAGGAAUGCUGCUAAAGGACUGGAUUCCAACAAAAACGAGGUCAACCACACCAUUGACCGCGUGACCACGUCAGUGUAGAUGGCGCGUCCACGUCAUACCUCCCGAGUCAUCCUGCUGCGGAG